AUGGAACGGGAGCACAAGUUCUUCGCCUCGUCAAAAUUAUACAAGGAUCGGCUAAGGUCCUGGGGCUUUUCCAAAAACCUAAAGCAAGCCCAUGUGCGCGACAUUGUGCAGCAGACCAAGCUGCGCCACGGUCGCGAUACCGAGGUCAUCGUCGCGGGACAGAAGGUCGCACUGGAUCGGGUGCAGCGAUCCUAUGAUAGGCUUCCAGCAGUAGAAGCCAAAGCGCCUGUGGCGGAUAUUAAGAGUUCCCACUGCAAUGAUGAAGUUGUGGUCUCUGGCAUCCCCGCAACAUAG